AUGGUAAAAAAAAAAAGCUCUCGAGGAAAAAGCGAAAGCGAAAAAAACGGCCAGAAGACCGAGCAAAACCGCAAAUUGAACACUACCAUAACUCGGGUUGUUCGAGGCAUAGCAGCAAUGGCACACUGCGAAGCGGCUUCUAAGCCGAUAUUGCAAUGCCUUCGACAGGCGUAUAGAGGCCGUCUCGCUGCGUCGCAAUUGCGGCUGGACCGUUCAUUCUCGUCAACCGCAGCUAUUUCGACCAGUGCUGAAACAGAAGCAGCAGCCUCCAAAGAGUCGUUCUACAAGGCCAUCGACCCGGAAUUAGUAUCGAGCCCUCGCCUCGAAAGAAGGCUUAUACGGGCGGGAAAGUUCCCAGUCGGUUCUCGUCGACGUCGUGCUGCGCUCCAAGGAUCACCAAACUACCCCUUCGAACAAUUACCCUUCCAAUGCUUCCAAGAGGCACGAAAAGUCCUCCAGGAGGACCGUGAAGAGAAACUACAGCAGAUUGAGAAAGAGAGGGCGCGGCUGGCUAGGCUACGUGAAGCAGAUCCAGCAACAGUUGGGGGAGAAGCACAACAUCAAACGAGGAUCAAGAGUAUGGAAAAGCAUCUGGAGAAAUUGAAGAUUCUGGCAGACAUCAAUGAUCCUUUGGUUAAGAAGCGAUUCGAGGAUGGAAUGGGCGAUAUGUCAAAGCCCAUCUAUCGACAUCUGGCCAACCAGAAGUGGAGGGAAUACCGACGAUUGAUCCUCAUUCAGCGACUGACACAGAUGAAAGUCAUUCCCGAUGUUCUUCCCCAUAUUGAUCCUAUCGUGGAUGUCCAGCUCUUUUUCGGAAAGAAACAAAUUCAGCCAGGCGUGUUCGUUGACUCCCGUGUCAGCAUGGUGCCUCCGUCCCUCAAUAUCCAGUCCUUCGAUAAAGGUGAAAAACUAGUCACUAUUGCCGUUGUUGAUCCAGACAUACCAAAUUUGGAAUCAGACAGCUUUGACAACAAGGCUAUAUUCCUAGCUGUCAAUGUCCCAAUUUCGCCUACCUCAACCUCCGUUUCUCUGGAAGGCCUUUCUGAGUCUCAAGUUAUCCUUCCUUGGACAGCUCCUUAUUCGUUAAAGGGCAGCCCUUACCACAGAAUCUCAAUAUUUGUGAUGGAGCAGAAGGAUCAAAAGCCAUUGGAUCGAAAUGUUGUCGCGGAGAAGGCCAACCGUGACUCCCGCCUCCGAAGCUUAGAAACGAGGCACCAAUUGAAGCCACUUGGCGCAACCCUAUUCAGAACCCAGUGGGAUGACAACAUGGCAUCUGUCAUGGAGGAGCUUGGAAUCGAAGGAGCCGAUCUUGAGCUGAAGAGGAAACGCGUUGAGCCGCUUCCGUAUAAGAGGAGAAAUCCAGCUUCCUUCAGAUAA